UCAGCCGGUGACGUCAUCACAUGUAGCGAAGCUAGCCAGUUGUUUUGGGAGCUAAAGGAGGAAAAAAGGCUCCAAGCGGAACCGACGCCGCUCUUGGGUACCGCACGUCCAUCGCUGUAUGCUGCUGGUUUAGUUCACCUUUGUAUUUUUUAAUCACACUUUUCAAUAAUGUCCACCCCGGCGAGGAGACGACUUAUGAGAGAUUUUAAAAGACUUCAAGAGGACCCUCCCACCGGUGUGAGCGGCGCACCUUCAGAGAACAACAUCAUGCUUUGGAACGCUGUUAUUUUUGGGCCUGUAGGCACGCCUUUUGAAGACGGAACAUUUAAGCUGCUGAUAGAGUUUUCAGAGGAGUACCCCAAUAAGCCUCCCACGGUUCGCUUUGUCUCCAGAAUGUUUCACCCCAAUGUGUAUGCAGAUGGAAGUAUAUGUUUAGACAUCCUCCAGAAUCGCUGGAGUCCCACGUACGACGUCUCGUCCAUCCUCACCUCCAUCCAGUCGUUGCUGGACGAGCCCAACCCCAACAGCCCCGCCAACAGCCAGGCGGCGCAGCUCUACCAGGAGAACAAGCGGGAGUACGAGAAGCGAGUGACGGCCAUCGUGGAGCAGAGUUGGGUGGACGUGUGAAGUCGUGUUCUCUCUCUCUCUCACUCUCUCUCUCUCACUCUCUCUCAACCUCCUCCCAUCAUCACCCUCCUCUUCCUCGUGUGUCCCUGGCGUGCGUGUGGAGAGCAGCAAGCAUAUCAGCAGACUCAAGUGCCACCCUCCAAAACACGAACAUUAACUUGCUGAGGCAACAAGAGAUGGGGGGGGGUCAAUCUUAGGCUUUUGUUUCUCCUCCUUUGACUUUGUUUUUUAAUUGCAUGAUGUGAAAUAAGUUAUUGCUAACAGAACGUGUAAUAUAUCCUUGUUUGCUUGGAUCCAUGCUGUUCGUAGUUCUGCCAUCUGCCGUGCACCACUCCUUUGGAAAGAGCAGUUUCAUGACACCCCCCCCCAAAAAACAGGCCUUUUGAUUGGGUAUUGUCUGUCCUUCCCUGGAUAAGUCUUUCACACUAAAACAGCAGCAGGUCUCUACGGUGCCGCUGAGGCCUGACUUGGCUUCUCUUCAGGAAGACUUCCUGCUCUGAGGUGGAAGACGGGAGUUGGGAGUUGUUUCCUUUUCCCUUUUCAAUUGAGCAGGAGUAGCGAGUGCAUGUGAAGGGGUUCCCAUGACACUUUAGCGGCUGCAGGUGACAGCAUGCCCCUUCUUCCACCCCCCCAGCCAAUGAAAAGGCAUUGUGACAAACACUCGUGGCAAGGAUUUAUUUCUCCUCAUCAACAGAAGGGAUAUGUCAGUUUGUGUAUCAAAAAGAAAGUGUAUACUUAUAACCAUAUGCUGUAUAAACAUAAUAAAACACAUUUUUCAGAUGGAAGGUUUUGGCCAAACU